AUGGAGAAACCAUGGAAGUGUGGGGAUUGCAGGAAAGGAUUCCGCUCCCCCUCCGUGCUGGAGAUCCACCGCCGUCGGCCCUUCACCUGCUCCAUCUGCGGCAAGGGCUUCACCGACUCCUCCCACCUGCUGACCCACCAGCGGGUCCACACCGGGGAGAGGCCGUUCAGCUGCUCGGUCUGCGGCAAGAGCUUUACCCAGUCGUCCAACCUGCUGCAGCACCAGCAGGUCCACACCGGGGAGUGGCCCUUCACCUGCUCUGUCUGCGGCAAGGGCUUCGCCCGCUCGUCCGACCUGCUAACCCACCAGCGGGUCCACACGGGGGAGCGGCCGUUCAGCUGCUCGGUCUGCGGCAAGAGCUUCACCCGCUCGUCCACCCUGCUGCGGCACCAGCGGCUUCACACCGGGGAGCGUCCCUUCACCUGCUCCGUCUGCGGCAAGAGCUUCUCUCACUCGUCCACCCUGCUGCGGCACCAGCGGCUUCACACCGGGGAGCGGCCCUUCACCUGCUCCGUCUGCGGCAAGGGCUUCACCCAGUCGUCCCACCUGUUCUCACACCAGCAGGUCCACACCGGGGAGCGGCCCUUCACCUGCCCCGUCUGCGGGAGGGGCUUCGCUUCCUCUCAGCACCUGCUGCGGCACCAGCGGGGGCACAAGUGACGGGGCCAGCCGCUGUGAGUCACCGCCCAGGGCUGAACCCUGGGUGGGAUGGGGGAGGGUCACUGCAGUUGCUGUGCUCUCAUCCCCUUGGCAUCCAGUGGUUCUGCGAGCCUGCGACUGCGCAUUUCCUCCUGAAGUGGAGAUGUACAACACAGAAACAGACCCUUCGCUCCAACUCCUCCAUAUCCUCAACUAAUCAAGUCCCAUUUGCCAGCAAUUGGCCCUAUCCCUCCAAACCUCUCCUUACACAGAUACCCAAGUGGAUGCCUUUUAAAUGUUGCAAUUGUACCAGCCUCCACCACUUCCUCUGGCAGCUCAUUCCGCACGCACACACCACCCUCUGUGUGAAAAAUGUUGCCCCUUAGGACCCUUUUUAAAUCUUUCCCCUCUCACCCUAAACCUAUGCCCUCUAGUUCUGGCAAAAGACUUUGUCUAUCCCUAUCCAUGCCCCUCAUGAUUUUAUAAACCUCUCUUAAAGUCAACCCUCAGCCUCCGACGUUCCAGGGAAGACAACCCCAGCCUGUUCAGCCUCUCCCUGUAGCUCAAACCCUCCAACCCUGGCAACAUCCUUGUCAAUCUUUCUGAACCCUUUCAAGUUUUGCAACAUCCUUCCGAUAGACCAGAAGUGCACAUAAUACAGAGGAACUUCGAUUAUCCAGAAUUAGAUGAACCAGCACGGUGGCUCAGUGGUUAGCGCUGCUACCUCACAGUACCAGGGACCCUGGUUUCAUUCCUGCCUCAGGUGACAGACUGUGUGGAGUUUGCACAUUCUCCCCGCGUCUGCGUGGGUUUCCUCCUAGUGCUCCGGUUCCGUCCCACAGUCCAAAGAUGUGCAGGUCAGGGUGAAUUGGCCAUGCUAAAUUGCCCGUAGUGUUAGGUACAUUAGUCAGAGGGAAAUGGGUCUGGGUGGGUUACUCUUCGGAGGGUCAGUGUGGACUGGUUGGGCCUGUUUCCACACUGUAAGGGAUCUAAUCGUCAAGCGACUGAAAUACACCCUGCAUGUGUCCUUUGGAUAAUCGAGGUUCCUGUGUAUUCCAAAAGUGGCCUAACCAACGUCCUGUCCAGACCCCAACCCCUAUACUCAGUGCUGUGACCAAUAAAGUGAUCUGCAGAAUCUGCGGGACUUGCUUAAUCCUGGAAGGUAAAUCACGUGUUUCUCCUUCUCUUGCAGGUGGAUCCAAGAUUUCACUCUCUGUCCCAUUGAGUCUCCAGUCAGGUCCUUCAGCUCAACUGGUCUCUCUCAGUAUUUCUGACCCAUGUGAGCCUCUACGCACCUCCCCUUCACUUGCUCACACUUGAUUUCCCUUACAGCAGCAUUCCCUUCAGUUCCUUUCUCCCUGACGUCUGUAACCAGCUUCUCCUUAAAUGCCGUCCACCUCGACCUGCUACUGUGGGGGUCAUUCCCGCUGCAGACAGAGGUCUCUCCUUUGUAACCUCUUCAAAAGAUUUACCGCUGACUUCCCCCUUCAGUCUUUUCCAUUUCUGGGUCUUCCCGCUGUUGCGAAACUUGGAAGGGUUCAGAAAAGAUUUACAAGGAUGUUGCCAGGGUUGGAGGAUCUGAGCUACAGGGAGAGGCUGAACAGGCUGGGGCUGUUUUCCCUGGAGCGUCGGAGGCUGAGGGAUGACCUUAUAGAGGUUUACAAAAUUAUGACCGGCAUGGAUAGGAUAAAUAGGCAAAGUCUUUUCCCUGGGGUUGGGGAAUCCAGAACUAGAGGGCAUAGGUUUAGGGUGAGAGGGGAAGAUAUAAAAGAGACCUACAGGGCAACGUUUUAAUACAGAAGGUGGUGUGUGUAUGGAAUGAGCUGCCAGAGGAUGUGGUGGAGGCUGGUACAAUUGCAACAUUUAAGAGGCAU